GGGAGCGGCGCGGGCGGAAGCGGCCAGGAAGGUCACUUCCGGCCUGGGCGCCCGUCCCCCUGACCCCAGGGUCUGAGUCGCCGCUGCCGCCGCUGCCACCAUCCGCGAGGGAGGAGAGAGGAGGAGGAGUGCGGCGCGGCGGCCCCGGGACCGAGGAGGGCCCAGACAUGGAGCUGCGGGAAGAGGCCUGGUCUCCGGGGCCGCUGGACUCCGAGGACCAGCAGAUGGCCAGUCACGAGAACCCAGUGGAUAUCCUCAUCAUGGAUGACGACGACGUCCCCAGCUGGCCCCCGACCAAGCUGUCCCCGCCCCCGUCGGCGCCCCCCGCCGGCCCCCCGCCCCGGCCGCGGCCGCCCGCGCCCUACAUCUGCAACGAGUGCGGCAAGAGCUUCAGCCACUGGUCCAAGCUGACGCGGCACCAGCGCACGCACACGGGCGAGCGGCCCAACGCCUGUGCCGACUGCGGCAAGACCUUCUCGCAGAGCUCGCACCUCGUGCAGCACCGGCGCAUCCACACGGGCGAGAAGCCCUACGCCUGCUCCGAGUGCGGCAAGCGCUUCAGCUGGAGCUCCAACCUCAUGCAGCACCAGCGCAUCCACACGGGCGAGAAGCCCUACGCCUGCCCCGACUGCGGCCGCAGCUUCACGCAGAGCAAAAGCCUGGCCAAGCACCGGCGCUCGCACAGCGGCCUCAAGCCCUUCGUGUGCCCGCGCUGCGGCCGCGGCUUCAGCCAGCCCAAGAGCCUGGCGCGCCACCUGCGGCUGCACCCCGAGCUCUCGGGGCCCGGGGUGGCGGCCAAGGUGCUGGCGGCCAGCGUGCGCCGGGCCAAGGCGCCCGAGGAGGCGGCGGCGGCGGACGGCGAGAUCGCCAUCCCGGUGGGCGACGGCGAGGGCAUCAUCGUGGUGGGCGCGCCCGGCGAGGGGGCGGCGGCGGCCGCAGCCAUGGCGGGCGCGGGGGCCAGGGCGCCGGGACCCCGCUCGCGGCGCGCCCCGGCCCCCAAGCCGUACGUGUGCGUGGAGUGCGGGAAGGGCUUCGGGCACGGGGCCGGGCUGCUGGCCCACCAGCGCGCCCAGCACGGGGACGGGCUGGGGGCGGCGGGGGGCGAGGAGCCGGCGCACAUCUGCGUGGAGUGUGGCGAGGGCUUCGUGCAGGGCGCGGCGCUGCGCCGGCACAAGAAGGUGCACGCCGUGGGCGCGCCCUCGGUCUGCAGCCACUGCGGACAGAACUACUACCGGGCGGGCGGGGACGACGACGACGAGGACGACGAGGAGGAGGCGGCGGGCGGGCGCUGCAGCGAGUGCCGCGGCGGGGAGGGCCGGUAG